AUGGCCAUGGCGGGCACAGGAAAACAGCCAGACAGUGAUGGUCCCCCCACUCCACAGAGACCCGUCUCCUCAUUGCUGUCUCAUUUCGAGAAUCUAUCUCAUCGCAGAGCUCCCUCUGCUGCGGCCGCGAGUCCGCGCGCCUCCGCAACCCAGUUCCUGACACCCGAAGCUGGCGACGAGGUACGAUCCUCUAGCCGUGCCUCUCUCGACUUGCCCCGGCCACAUUCGCCAUGGAACCAGACAGAUGAGCGAUCGGAGCAGCACCAGCAGUCGAACGGCGAGGGAUCGCGGGAUCGUGGGUUCUCUGGAAGACGAUAUGGCCGGCCAAUCUCUAUGAAUCUCCAACGCUCGUCGCCACAACUUCCGCCGACGCUGGCGGUUCAUUCGCCUCAAUCGCCGCCGCGCGGACAAGAUCGCGAGGACUGUUGGUCGCAACAGGAAACUCGCAAGGCUAGGAGUCCUGGACAUCGCCCGCGGGAAUCAGUGUCCGUUUCCCCCGCGCCUCCCCGGCCACUCUCUCCGGCGCCGAAGUUCGGAUCGUCUGUUACUGGAAGAGAUUCAAUUCCUCAUUUAUCGCCUAGCUCUCUAGCCGUCAAUGGAAAUGGAAGCGUUGCGGAACGGAAAUUGAAAAGCAGCUCGCUGCCACCGCCAGCCAACCGAGCAUCUAAACCGAAGAUCCCUGCGAAGCCAGCCAUGUUCUCUCACCCUAACUCUUCUCAUGCGGAUACCAGUACCUUGGCUCCUCAGCCUGAGCGAGCCUCUCCUGAUCUAAGUGUGUCACCUUUCAGCACCCCUCCGAGCAGCCCAGAAAAGCCUAUGACCAAGCCGGUAUCUACCGGGAAAAUAAACUCCAGACCGGCACCGGCUCGGCCAACAACAGAACCCCCGGGUCGACGUUCCUUUGAUGACCGGUCACCUGGUCCAAGUUCUAAUGCAAGACAUGAUGCCAGAGAUUUAGGUUUCUCAAGGACUCGCCCUGCUCCAGAACCUUCACGGGCAACUAAACCCUUGAUGGUCCAAAUUCCAUCUGCUCCUGCGCAACACCCCACUUCUGCUUCUGCUGCUCCCCCUCUUUCAGCGCAACGGUUACGAGCCAGCGAUAGCCCUUACGAUCGUCCUGGGCUUCCUCCCCGGCCCUCUGGAACUCCACGCCGAAGUGGAUUCUCUCCUCCGUGGGAGCCUCCUCAGCGUGUAAAGAGCCCUGCACAGAUGACACCGAUUGCCAAGUCUGCACCCACUCAGCCGCGCCAGUCUGAGGCAUCAACCCCGCAACCAAUUCAACGGCAGCCAUCUUUCCACCGUGAACCAGUUUCCUCAUCACUCCCGGAGCGGCGUAUACCCCGAACGGACACAGAAGAAGAAGAACAGCCUGAAGAAGCUGCCAUCUCUCGUACGGACUACCCUGACGCUUCUAACGCCAACCGCCGACCCCCUCGUCUUAAAUCCGGACCGAAGGAGAUCUUCACGAAGUAUGACACCCGCUUGCUAGCUGUGUGCGGCAAGUAUGUGUGUACCACUGGAUAUCUGACUAGAGUUUGGGACCUUACCACUGGAGAACAAGUGAUGAGCCUUAGCCAUGGCGAAACGGUGAAAAGCUUGUCGCUUGCUUUCAAGCCAGGCAAAGGAUUAGAAGAUGAAGGUCAGCGUAUCUGGCUCGGCACCAGUGCUGGAGAUCUUCACGAAGUCGACAUCCCGAGCCAAUCUAUUGUGGCAACCCGCUCGUACCCCUCCAGGCGAGAGGUGAUUCAGAUACUACGACACAAGAAAGAAAUGUGGACAUUCGACGAUGAAGGUCGGCUGCUAGUCUGGAUGCCAGACGAGACCGGUCAACCCAAUCUACAGUACAGCUACCACAGCGCCCAUGAACGCGUAGCACGAGGCCACACGUUCUCCAUGGUCGUGGACGACAAGCUGUGGCUAGCAGCUGGAAAAGAUGUCCAUAUAUAUCGCCCGAACGCCCGCGAAGACGCCUCUUUCAAGGUCUUCAAGCGGCCUCUUGGUCUCCAGCAUUCAGGCGAUGUAACUUCCGGCACUUAUACCACGCGAGAAGGAGGUCGGGUAUAUCUGGGACAUGCAGAUGGAAAGGUCACUGUCUACUCCUCCACCGACUAUACCUGCUUGGCAGUGGUCAACGUUAGUGUUUACAAAAUCAAUUGCCUUGGAUUUGUGGGAGACUACCUUUGGGCUGCCUAUAAGACCGGCAUGAUCUAUGUUUACGAUGUUUCCACCAACCCAUGGACUGUGAAGAAGGACUGGCGCGCCCACGAUAGUCCUGUCUCCGGCUUUGUGUUGGAUACAAGCAGUGUUUGGACGAUGAACCGCUUACAGGUUACUUCGCUUGGCACUGAUAAUUGCAUUCGUCUUUGGGAUGGUAUGUUGGAGGACGAUUGGCUAGAUACACGGAUGCAGCAGAGGGACGUAGAGUACUGCAGUUUCCGAGAAAUCAAGGCUACCGUCUUGACUUGGAACGCGGGCGCUGUUACCCCCGGGAGCGUGAAGACGUCGGAUUUCAUCAGGAAUGCCGUCACGCCGGAAGAUCCGCCGGAAAUUCUCAUCUUCGGUUUCCAAGAAUUGGUUGAUCUUGAGAACAAGAAGAUCACAGCUAAGAGCUUGCUCCUUGGAAGCAAGAAGAAGGAGAACGGCGAGAAGGAACAUAUGAGUCGUCAAUAUCGAGUAUGGAUCGACCAUCUCACUCGGUCUCUUCACGAGUGUAUGCCUCUCGAGGAAUCCUAUGUUCUUUUGCACACCGCGAACAUGGUGGGACUGUUUACUUGCGUUUUCGUCAAGCACAAGGAACGCCACAAUAUUAAAAACAUCAGUGCUUCGGAGAUCAAGCGGGGAAUGGGCGGAUUGCAUGGGAACAAGGGUGCCCUUGUAUUCCGCUUUAUCCUAGAUGACAGCUCGAUGUGCUUUGUGAAUUGUCACUUGGCAGCUGGGCAGACCCAGACUGCACACCGAAACAACGAUAUCGCGGCGAUCUUGGAAGCAGAGUCCUUACCUGCAGAAAGCAAUUCCACAGCGCGGACAGAUCAGUUCGCCAGUGGUGGUGACGGCUCAAUGAUCAUGGACCACGAAAUCUGCAUUCUGAAUGGUGACCUGAACUACCGAAUUGACUCAAUCCCUCGCAAUGUGAUCAUCGACGCCAUUCGCCAGAACAACCUCGCCAAACUUCUAGAUCGAGACCAGCUACUGGCCUCCCGGCGGAAGAACCCCGGGUUCCGCCUUCGCAGCUUCACCGAGUCCCCCAUCACCUUCGCGCCGACCUAUAAAUACGACGUCGGCACGGACGAGUAUGACACCAGCGAAAAGAAGCGCUCCCCCGCCUGGUGCGACCGCGUUCUCUACCGUGGCCUUGGCCGCGUCAAGCAACUCGAUUACCGCAGACACGAGGUCCGAGCCUCCGAUCACCGGCCGGUCAGUGCGGCGUUCAAGAUUCGCGUCAAAACAGUCAAGUCUCAGGAACGGGCCGCGACGUGGGAUCUGUGCAACCAGGAGUUCCAGGACGAGAAGCGCCGUCUGGCUUCGGAGGCUAGCAUCGAGUAUCUCAUUACUGUCCUCGGCACCGAUCCCCGCCAGGCCCGUGGCUUGAUCCUGGGCUCCAAGGCUCAAUAA